CCAGAAAGCGAGUUAUAUUUUAACAGCCACCACAYUGACUCGAGGUUUUGAAUGGCAAACACGCGACAGAUUUUUCCAAUCAAUCUUCGUUAUCUUUAUUCUGGAUUUUAUCAGAUGGUCGUCCCAAAGGCAUUGUAGCUGUGUAGUUACGAUCUGAUGUGGUUAAGAGGAACAUUUCAAUGGACUUUCGUGAGAAAAUCAUCGCCGAUUGACAAGAAAAAGGAUGGUCAUGUUUUCGAUGGCCUCGUCUCUACUCUCGCCGUUGCCCUGCAGUUGAACUGCACUCCAGGUCAUGUUAUUAAGGAUUCUUUACUCAAGRAUGAGAAGRAAUAAGUUUUUAUUGUUGUUUUUGAUUCUGGCAUGCGUUGGUUUAUGGUUAGUGCAUAGUUAUGACACAUGGCUUGGCUCUUCUUGUUGGACUCAAAAAUGUCGGCGYUUACGAGAAGAUCGAGAACAAGAAAACGAUGGCGAAGACAUCGACGAUGUUAAUAAUCAUAUACCAGAAGGGGAUGAUAAUACUAUUCCUCAUAAAACUUCAGUGGGAAAUUCCAGGAACUUCUCUUCAAUCUGUACACUGCCAAAACUGGACCCUUUUGAACAAUCCAUUAUAAAUCUUGUAAAAGAUUUUGGUGAAGAUCCRAAAUGUCAAGGCCCUGAUUUGCAUUUUAGUAUAAAUAGUCGAGGUAUGCUGACCAUCAGAAAGAAAGAAUAUCGUCCUGCACUCAAACUGCAUUCAACUAAGUUAUCAUAUAUAAUUCGUCCUGAAGACAAUGAUGAUUCUUAUUACAUUGGACCCGAACUAUAUCCUUUUAAAAAGGGUGUUAAUAAAAAGAUUCGAAAAAUGGCUAAUGAUUUUAUUCAACUUACUUAUGAACCCAAAGAAAAUGACCAACAACUUGUACACUACAUGGCCCGAGUUGCUGCCAAAAAGGAUGYUUUAAUAAGGUCACAAAGGGCUCUUAGURUUAAUCCUGCUAGCAUUCCCCUCAAUGUUCUCAUUUUUGGCUUUGAUUCUACCUCAAAUGCAAUGUUCAAAAGAAAACUACCUAAAACKYAUGAYUAUCUGAGAAAUCACCUUGAUGCCUACUUCUUUAAUGGAUACUCUGCUAUAGGCGAUGGYACAACUCCUAUAUUGACUGCMYUACUAACUGGAAAAUUUAUCAAUGAAUUGGUGAAGGAUAGRCAGAGCAAAACCCAAGAGGAUUUAAACUUAUGGCCAUGGAUUAUGAAAGACUAUGCAAAGCAUGGCUAUGUGUCAUUAUAUGCUGAAGAUGAUCAAAAAAUUGCUGCUUUUAAUAUCCGUAUGAAUGGUUUUACAAAACCUCCAGCAGAUCACUAYAUGAGACCAUUYUGGCUUGCUCUGGAAGAUCACAAACUUAGAAAGGAUAAAAAGAAGCAUAAAUUUCCUGACAACAACCUGGCKUGUCUAGGAUCUGAAGCUUUACAUAAUAUCACUUUGAAUUAUCUGUAUAGCAUGUUUAAUGCAUAUCCCAACACACCAAAGUUUGGAUUUGCUUUUAUGUCCUAUUUGGCACAUGGUAUUCCMGAUAAGCUCAGUUAUGCUGACAAAGAUGUAGUGCAUUAUUUGAAGAGRUACCAAAAAAUGCGAAACAACACAAUCCUUAUUAUUUUAAGUGACCAUGGAGCUCGUAUUGGACCACUACGUAAUUCUAUGCAAGGAAGUUUAGAGGAGCGACUGCCAUGGCUGUCUAUUGUCCUUCCUAAAUGGUUUAGCAAAAAAUACCCUGACAUGGCUACUAACUUAAAACACAACCAGAAUAUAGUMACUACUGCCUUUGAUGUUCAUGCAACUUUACGUCAUUUAAUGACUUUCCCAAAAAUUGACCCAGGUCAAAAAACACAAAGUUUAUUUACCAAGAUUUCUCCCCAGCGUUCUUGUUCAGAUGCUGGUAUAGACUACCACUAUUGUCCUUGUCUUUCRUGGAAAUCCAUCUCACUUGAUUUACCAGAAGUCAAGGUGGCAGCCAAAGCUGUUGUUAAGGUUAUUAAUAACAAUAUAGCUAAGAAGGARUAUGCUCGAGCAAGAUGUGCACCUGUAAAACUAACUGGAAUUAUUUCUGCUGCUGAAGUUCAAGCUGCACAACCAUUUUCRAAUCCAGUUAAAAAUGGACGCAUAAGGCGACGUAAGAUCCCAAGUGGUAGAAGACUACAAAUAAUUAUACAAACAUCUCCAUUAGAUGGAAAGUUUGAAGCUACAGUWGUACUUCGUAGCAAUGGUCGAGUAGUAGUCAAUCCACAUAUAAGUAGAACAAGUGUGUAUGGUAAUAAUCCAUCCUGUGUUGUGGAUCAYCAUCCUGAAUUAAGAAAGUUUUGUGUUUGUUUUGAAAAGAUACAAAAUCAAAGUAGAUAGCAUAGAAGAAACCAGCAUUAGCUUGGAUGAUGCUGGUACAAACCUUGUGAAUAUGAUUGUAUAGUUUGUAGUAUAUUCAAUUAUUAUAAUGUAUUUAACUUUCAAAGAAAUAUUGAAACAAUUUAGUCAUAACAGGACUAUAACAAAGAUGCAGUGAGAAUGCAAAACUCUUUUAAAGAAUGAAUGAACAAAUGACUUUUUAACCCUUUUAAAUCAUAAAAUGAAUUAAUUAUUCCAUGAGAUCAUGUUGUAUUUCCAAAUGAAAGUUGUCAAGACUUCCCCAAGUCAACUAUCGUCUAUUUAAGACAUCUGAGUAGAUAAAAUGAAUGAUUUAUUGCGUUUACAACCAAAGACAUAUAUUGUCAAAGGAAAUAUAAAGAUGUUAAUCUUGUCCCAAUUGCUUUUUUUUCUAAUGUUGUGUUUAACUUUGAUUUAAUAUAUUAAAAAAGUCAUUUUAGAUUGUAACAUGAAAUA